CUUUACCCUGAACAGCGGAAAAAUUCACUCUAUUGUUGCAUGACUAUGUGUAGCGAGAACAUGGUGUGACCUCAGCUAGUUUCCUGUAAUCUUGUGUCGUUUUAAGUUAUCUUGUACCGUUAGAGUUGACAGCUUUUGUUUACUGUAACAAUUACUUCAACUGUGCCUGGAAUCAGCUUGUGAAAUAUCCCUUCCAUAGCACCAGAGUGAUGCCUGUGACCCAGAGCUUUUCUGAAACAAGAAUGUUACGUUUGCCAUUUUGCAGUCCUUUGCGAUCCUACCAGAAUCCAAUGAUUUCUGAAAGAUCACUACCAAUGCCUCCACAAUCUCUUCAGUUAUCUCCUUCAGAACUCUGGGGUGCAGUCCAUCUGGUCCAGGAUGACAGUUUUAAGCACAUCUGUGUAAAAACAAGAGGGGUUCAGGGAAGGAUGUGCAAGUGAAGAGAUUGUAGCAGUGUCACUAAACCCAGAAUAGAACGUGAGGCUUGAGGAAAGAAAGCAUUGUGGAAUCUCUACAAGUUAAAGGCCACCUUUGGAAAAUUCAGGAGAACAAAGGUGCAGAAUGCGAAAACAUUACAGAUUACUUGAAAAAUUUGGUCUGGUUUUCAUAGGAACACUAGGCUUAAUGUACAUUUUUGGUCACGACAGCCAGUCAGAACCAAUUGACAUUGUGCCCCGGGAAGCCAUCCAACCAGUGGGCUUGCACAGCAUUGAUGCUGUCCAAACUGAGAAGCCAAAACCUGCACCCAUGUGCAGAGAAAAUCUGAGUGUCUCAAGUUUGCCAACGUUUGCGGAUCAGCCACAGAAUGUGAAGGACUUCCUGAGGUACAAGCACUGUAGGGAUUUCGGUCUCCUGCAGAACGUGCCAGGCAAGUGUGGGGGGCCGGCGAAUUCUCACAAUGUCUUCUUGCUGCUGGUGAUCAAAUCUGACCCCUUCAAUCAUGACCGGCGUGACAUGGUGAGGAGGACAUGGGGGAAGGAGCGGGUAUUCCAGGGUGUCCAGAUCAAGCGGGUCUUCAUCACCGCCGUGUCUCCGAACCAGCACGAGCAGAAGAAACUGAACCGGGUGCUGGAGCUGGAGAACCGGCAACAUCGGGACAUCCUGCAGUGGGAUUUCCUGGACACCUUCUUCAACCUGACCCUCAAGCAGUACAAACUGCUUCAGUGGCUGGAUAUCCAUUGCCCCAAGGUCCAGUUCAUCUUCAAUGGAGAUGACGAUGUCUUCGCCAAUAGCGACAACAUGGUUGAGUACCUGCAGAGUGUGGAGGCCGGUCAGAAGGGAGGACUGCAUCUCUACGUGGGGCACCUCAUCGCUGGUGUGGGCCCCAUCCGGGAGAGGUGGAGCAAAUAUUACAUCCCCGAGGUGGUGACCACCUCCCAGUCCUACCCACCCUACGCAGGUGGCGGGGGAAUCCUCAUGUCACAGUACACGGCCAGUGUCAUUUACACUGUGGCCCGCGGGAUCGAAGUCUUCCCCAUCGACGACGUGUUCUUCGGCAUGUGCCUGGAGAGAGCGGGCCUGGCCCCCAAAUCUCACAUGGGUUUCCGGACGGCUGGUGUGUGGGUACCGUCCCCCCAGGAUGACUCGUUUAACCCGUGCUACUACCGGGAGCUGCUCCUGGUGCAUCGCUUCCGGCCGUAUGAGCUGCUCUUGAUGUGGGAGGCAGUGCACAACAGCAGCCUGCGAUGUGCCCGAUCCCCUCCAGAAGAUGGUGUUGCAACAGACAUAGGGCACCACGAGUCAUGAAUCACCUGAACCUUGGUACUGUGGGUGGCACAGUAGGACUCAUGUGCCUACUUAUUGAAGGAAACCCUUACAAAUAGACUUCAGUAGCUACCGCAUCGCCAUUCAGCACCCCCUUGCCCAAUCAAAUAGGGAAUAUCUUGUUUGGCAGUUACCCAGGCCAUUCUCCCUCUGAAACUACAGCCUGCCCUCCACCUGCUGAGCGUUGAGGGUGUCAACAAUGUGGGGUAUCUUAGCUCAGUCCACUGCACGGCUUGUCUGGUGUCCCAGUGAGGCUUUACUGCAAAAUGGUCAAGAUCUAUCCCAUCUCCCAUCCUCAUAGCCCUGCUGCGUUGAUAGACGCUCACACUGAUGGACACUGAGUGACACACACACAGUGAAACACCGUGAGUGUGUUUUUGAGCGAAGCUUUUUGUGCCUAGGGAAUAUUCCCCAACAUUUUAACCCCUGUUUCCCUCCCCGCAAUCCCAUAUCUUUACCUCACCCAAAGCUCGGAGUGAUUAAUAAUAUUCCAACAGUGGAUGCUGAAGAUUGAGAGUUCAUGUGGGUCACCCUAUCGAGAAGCAAUUUCCAAAGUUGUCUAUGGGUCAGGGUGAAAAAGUAGCAAGUUGCUCAUGAUCCAUUUAGAUACUACAGUGUGGUUAGGUGAGCUGGGGUCAGUGAGUGGAAUGGAUGUGCUCAAUGCCAUUCCUCAUGCCUUUAAUUCUAACUUGAUACCCUGGCCUCCAUCCAUAGUUAACCCAAACUGAAUUGUUCCUCUUCCUGGUUUCCUGUUGAUCAAGGGAGUGGGUUCUUAUUUUGAUCAGCUUUGCAUCUCCAUGAUGCAAAUUUAAACUUUGAUACUGAUUUGUUUAAGUGCAGGAAGAGGGGAAAAAUACAACUUUGGUGUUGUUUAUACAGUUUGUGAGUUUGGUAGAAAAAUCAAAAAGCUAUUUCCUCAUUUUAAUAUUUUAAGAAGAAAGCAUGGAUUUAUUAAGAGCGAGCAGACUGUGAAUGAUUGCCACCAGACGUGUGAGAGAGAGAGAGAGAGAGUACCACCUUGCUGAGAUGCCAGUGCAAACAGGAGCGUGAAAGCAUUUGUUGCAUCGCUUAUGUCCGACAGUAACUAUAUGUUCAAAAAUGCUUUGGUUCUAAAAUGUCCAAAAUAUGUAAAAUGCCUUAAAUACAAACUGCCUUUCUACUAAAAUUUGAACACAUUCCUCCAA